CUAUCUAUAUUUAACAUAGAGAACAAAAUGUGGAGAAACCAGAGUGUAGUCACAGAGUUCAUUCUUCUGGGAUUUGGAGAACUCCAUCAUCUGCAGAUCUUCCUGUUCCUAAUUUUUCUGGUGAUAUAUAUAUUUACCAUGGCUGCCAACCUCCUCACUAUUCUUCUGGUAGUGGCUGAUCAGCAUCUUCAUACCCCGAUGUACUUUUUCCUAGGAAAUUUGUCCUGCUUGGAGAUUUUCUACAGCUCAACCAUCCUCCCCAGGAUUCUGGCUAGCCUCUUUACAGGAGACAAAACUAUAUCAGUCGAAGGAUGCAUCACACAACUGUAUUUCUUUGCCUUCUUGGUCAGUACAGAAUGUUAUCUCCUCUCUGUGAUGUCAUAUGAUAGAUAUUUAGCGAUAUGCAAACCUCUACAAUAUGCAACUGUUAUGAAUGGUAGGCUCUGUAUUCAGUUAGCUCUUGGUUCUUGGUUUAACAGCACUGUGUUUACUUCUAUAUUUUUGGGGAUGGUCCUGAAAAUACAAUUCUGUGGCCAUAAUGAAAUCGAUCAUUUCUACUGUGAUUCUCUCCCGUUAGUAAAACUCUCCUGCACUCAUAUCAGCCUUGUGAAACAUGUUACAGUAAUAUUGUCUUUCAUAUUCACUUUCCCACCUUUUCUUUUGACUCUGACCUCUUAUGUAUAUAUUAUUGCUGCCAUCUUAAAAAUCCAAUCAAUCACUGGGAGACAAAAGGCAUUUUCUACCUGUUCUUCUCACCUGAGUGUGGUUUCUAUUUUCUAUGGGGCAUUAAUCAUUGUAUAUCUGUUGCCCAAAACUGAAUCAAUGAGAGACCUCAAUAAAAUCUUUUCAGUCCUGUACACAAUCCUUCCUCCCAUGGCCAACCCAGUCAUAUAUAGCCUGCGGAACAAGGAUGUCAAAGAAGCACUGAAAAAGGUAGCUUCAAAGGUUUUGGAAAGACAAUGUGUGAAUCAGACAUUCAAGUCUAGGAGGUCUCUUUCAUUUUACAAAUAA